UUCCGCAUUGCUGAAAAUGGUUAAGCUUUUGUUUUAUUUAUUUUUUGCAUUUUUGCUACAAAUACGAAUUUUGCUUAAGAGCAGAGGGAAUACUUGGCCGAAGCCUACAUAAAACUUACUAAUGCGAUAUGUAAAUCUUUCGAUUACAAAUUUGCCGACUUCAAAACUUGUCGUUUACACGUUUAUCGUCGACGUGAAAUUUCAUUUACGAUGCACGUAAGGCUCUUUCAAAUACCAGUUCGUAACAUCAGUCUCAAUUUAAGCCUUUGGCGGAAAGCUAACACAUUUCAACCUUUUCUAUACAAUGUGACCGUUGAUUUGUGUAAGUUUUUGAAACGUAGGAGCACAACCACUUUAAGACUUGUACAUGAGGCAUUAUUUAAAACUUCGAAUAUAAAUCACACUUGCCCGUUUGAUCACGACAUAAUUGUAGAUCGUUUCGUUCCAAACGAUGGUAUGUUUAGGCUAUUACCUCUUCCUGAAGGACAAUACAUGUUCAAAUUUAUCACGGAUGUUAACAAUGAACGGAAAACUGACGUUCGCGUUGAAUUCUCUAUUGAUUUAGACUCAAAAUACAACUAA